CUUGAGCCAUCAUAAACUAGAUUCCGUCCGACGGUAAUUCGAGCUCAGGUGAAAAUGUAUUCUAUUCUCGCAGAUCGUCCAAGUGUUCCGUUUUCGUCCCUCAUUCCUGGUGGUAUACAUGCCGAAUCUAAACUAGUGGUUCGAGGCGUCAUUCAUCAAAGUUCGAAUAACUUCACCAUUGAUUUGCAAUGUGGUCCCGUUUGUGGUCAAGAUGAUAUCGCACUUCGCCUAGGCGUGUGGCCUCAACAGCAAGCUGUUGUCCGGAAUAUUUUCAAGCAUAUGAAAUGGGGUCCUGAAGAGCGAUACGGUGGUUGCCCAAUAAUGCCUGGCUUGCCCUGUGAUAUUGAAAUAGUAGCUGGAUUUAACGGAUUCACCAUUCGUGUAAAUGGCAGCGACUUUUGCGAAUACAUGCAUCGAAUUCCGAUACAUCGAAUUUCAUAUAUCCAUAUUUCUGGAGACACUAAACUCUAUUAUGUUGGGCAUUGAAAUUUUUUUGAGAAUUUUUCGGUGUUUAUUGAUCUGCCUGGAAUUCUAACCCAUUUCUUUCAUGACGGAGAUGAAAUCGAUCGGACUGUUUGACUGAACCUCAGCUCAGGAAGCUUUCUUUAGAAGGUCACAUGGUCAUAUUGUAAAUAUAAUCAAAAUCAAAAGUAGAAUAGAUAACAUCUAUUGGAGGCAACCUUUAAGAGCCUUGUAUAAAUUUUAAGCAUUUAUCCAAAGCCAGGAUAUCUCCGUAUAUAUUUUGGAAAUUAAAACAGAGGAUUAAAUUUAUGAAAUAAAC